UCCACCUCCAUGCGUACAGCAUCGAGAGCAUGACAACGUUUCCGAAUGGCUGUGGAAAUGGCACCACCGUUACUUGUAUAGUUAUGGAUAAUAAAGACCCCCAAAACCAGACUACCUGUGUCAGUCAUAAUGGGGGAUACAGCACCAGCAACAGUCAUGAGGAAGAAAUUCAAGAGGAUAAGCUCAGCCCUUCCAAAUUCGUGCGCUUUUUCACCACCCCUCGGAAACGGGCUAACUCCAGCUCCGACAGGCCUCGUUCUCUGGUUUUGAUGGGCAAUUCGUCCACGUGGAAUGCUUUGUCUUCCAUCAGAAAAAUGGGAUCUUUCAAGAAGCUGAAAUCUUCAGUUCUCCAAGGAAUUCAGACAAGGGAAUGCUCAGACAUCUCAAAUGAGAACGGCGUAGGCAAACAUGGUUCAAAUGGGGCGGUGGUGAGAGUUCAGACUAACAGGUAUUCCUAUUCGGGGCCUCUACAUGAUUUCCAGAAUGCAGUGGAUGGUUUAGCUUCUGACUGCUCUGAUGCGGAGGAGAGCGAUGAGUCUUUCCUGAGGAACACUCAUCGCUCACGCAGCAUCAGGCGGGCUUAUGGUGCUGGCCGCAUAAACUUGCUGGACACGGAUAAAGUUCAGAGUCAUCACAACUGUACUAGGCCAACAUCACCUGUCAUUGCAGAGCCAAAGAUCUGUGAAAUUUUGGUGAAAGACUCUGAAAACAACAGGAUCAUUUAUCGGAGAAGCAAAAGUUCGGAUAAUUUGAACUUUCUGAAAAAAAGCUCAUUCAAACGGAAGUCCACCUCCAACCUCACCGACCUCAAGGUUGCAAAUGAAAAACAGAUGCCAACAAGGACUGUGAGUGUUACUUCUGCUGACUCAGACAAAACCAGUGGGAACGCUGAGAGGAGAUCCAAGCGAUGGAAGAGCCCUAUCAGGGCAAAGGAUUUUGACCGAGUUUUGAAACUUGUCAGUAACGUUACAGAUGUUGCAUGGAAGAAGGAUGGCCCUAAGAGCGCUGCUCCUUCUCCCAGUGAGCAGUCCCAGAGAACAAGGUCAAACAGCAGACUGCACGAUGACUACUCCCGCAGGGUUUCCAGCAGCACGGAUCAUGACAGAAAGAGAUGCACCUCCCCGGUAUCUAGUCCAGACUCAUCCUUGCCCGGAACACCUUGUCUGCAAAGCCCCAUAGUUGCUCAGGAUAAAGAGGCUGAAAUGAAUGUAGCUGCUGCUGAAGACAAAAGCCUCAGGACGUCGUCAGGUAUCCCAGACUCUGAUAGCUUAUCGCCCACACUGAAUGACAUUAGUCCAUUUCCCAAUGAAGUGUUUUAUUUGGACUCGGAUGAACCAAAAGCUACCCAGCAGUUUACAUAUGAAGCUGAAAACCCUCACGUCCCGGUCAGGCCGACUACUCCAAAGCCUCAAAGUCCCACUGCAGAGAAGGUCAAGUGCAAUAUGAAUGUCCAGUGCCCAAACCAUCACAGCACGUUGUCGCUGAGCUCAUCGGAGAGCGAGGAGAGAGUCGAGGUACCAGGGCUGAAGCUGGGCAGGAAUCCUGUUUGCUUCCAGGACUCAGUGCAAACUGUGUACUAUGAUGAUGGAAAUGAAGACAGUGGCAUAAGCAGCCACUCUCAGCUGAGCCUCAAUUUAGCCUCUGGUGCUGAAGAUAAAAAGGAAGAGGUUGUUUCUGAUGACCACUGGAAGAGGUCCCCAUCCCAGGAUGAAGAAAAGACAGACACACAAAAAGUCACACCCAGGAGAUGGGGCUCUGGAAAAAGAUCUCGUCCCAGACCUCUCUCAGACUAUGGCCAAAUGUCGAUCAGAAGUUUCUCUAUACCAGAAGAUGCAGUUGCGGUGGAGUCUCAGAAGACAGACUGCACGGAUGGAGAAAAUCAACCAGGACUGACUUCUGUCGGAUCUGUGGUCCAAAGCAAUACAGUAGGCUACCACAGAGGGCGAAAAAGAAGACCCAUCUCUGUAAUAGGUGGGGUCAAUUUCUAUGGAAGUGGUCCCACAGAAGAAAUAGAAGGUCUGCUGACACAACCUGUAACACGGCCACCUAUUCCAGCACACCAGGUACCCCCUUACAAAGCUGUUUCAGCCAGGUUCCGGCCACUCACCUUUUCACAAAGUACCCCCAUCGGCUUGGACCGGGUUGGACGAAGGCAGCAGAUGAGAACAUCUAAUGUUGCUGCAGAUGGUGGGACUGAAUCUUCGGCCUUAGUGGACGACAAUGGCAGUGAGGAAGAUUACAGUUACGAGGAGCUCUGCCAAGCCACUCCCAGGUACCUGCAGCCCGGAGGAGAACAGCUAGCAAUUAAUGAGCUGAUAAGCGAUGGCAGCGUUGUCUAUGCAGAAGCUCUCUGGGACCAUGUAACUAUGGAUGAUCAAGAGCUGGGCUUCAAAGCUGGAGAUGUCAUUAGAGUUCUAGAGGCUUCCAACAAAGACUGGUGGUGGGGAAGAAACGAGGACAAGGAAGCCUGGUUUCCAGCUAGCUUUGUCAGGCUGCGAGUUAAUCAGGAAGAAGUGCCAGAAAAUUGUAGUAGUAUCCAGGAUGAAGAACAAGAUGCAAAUAUUAGCAAGCAUCGUCAGAAAAUAGCUGAAAACAAGGAUCAGAUGAGAACCAACGUUAUACAGGAAAUUAUGAACACAGAACGAGUCUAUAUCAAGCAUCUCAAGGACAUCUGUGAGGGUUAUAUUCGGCAGUGUCGCAAGCAUACGGGAAUGUUCACCGCAGCUCAGUUAAGCACCAUUUUUGGAAAUAUUGAAGAUAUUUACAAAUUCCAAAGGAAGUUUCUGAAGGAUCUUGAGAAACAAUACAACAAAGAGGAACCUCAUCUAAGUGAAAUAGGGUCAUGUUUUCUUCAACAU